CACACUCAUUUGAAGUGGCUGGAGGUGUUUCAUUUCAUUUCUCAUUCAGUCCCUGUAUUUCUGAGGGGCCCUGCUCUGCUAUGCAUGAGGGACAUUUACAUUUAACACGGUGAUUCGACCUACAUACAAAAUGACUGGUUAGAGGGAGAGAGAGGAGAAAAUAAAUGUACGAGAGGAGGAGACGGGGAGAGGUGUUGAAAAGAGAAAAGAUGGAAAGAAAGAGGAGCGUCAGAUGGAGGAGAAGGAUCUGAUGUGGAAAGCAGCUUUAAGUGACUCGCUGUAGGCUGAAUUUAAAUAUGAAAGCGUGUUUUUCUUCCUAUACUGCAGCCUGAAGGUGCGGCACUAACAGGGCGACACAUGAGUUCACACCAUGAACUGAGAUGAACUGCAGCCAUGAAGAAACGGUCCGCUGGAAUCUCUCGCUCCCUCGUUUGAUAUGUGAUACGAAGCAUAAAUAUUUCCUCAGAUUUUCUUGGAUUAUGGUUUUUAAUUUUGCAAAGACGCCCUGACCUGAUUUCUCUUCCAACAUCCACGACCAUCAUGCAGCCAGAGAGACAGCCAGCGAGGGGAAAGUCAACAAGCAGCUCAUCAGGCUGAUAAAUCAUCUCAGUAUGGACACCUGAGAGGCCUUCAUUGUCUCUAUGGAGACCAGGGGGUCAUUAUCACCUGCACGAGGACACCUGAGAGUCACUGUCAUCUCUACGUAGACACCUGAGAGUCACUGUCAUCUCUACGUAGACACCUGAGAGUCACUGUCAUCUCUACGUAGACACCUGAGAGUCACUGUCAUCUCUACGUAGACACCUGAGAGUCACUGUCAUCUCUACGUAGACACCUGAGUUUCAUGUUUUGAAGUUAGUCUGUGUGUGUUGGUGUCAUGUUGUGCAUCGGGGUGGACCGGAGGUGUCUGUACAUGUUCUGCUCACCUUCCUCUCUCUAGGAAGAUUUCAGCCGCCGUCGUCUGGUGGAAGGAGAAGACUCGUGUCUUCAUCCCGUCUUGUCGCCUGCACUCUGCUGUAAACGCUCUCCAGCUGCUCUCAGACCAGUUCUGCCUGAUGAGGAAUGAGGAUCACAGCUGAACCGUCCAGCUCCGCUCGGCACAGAACCGUUCCUCCAGCUUCAGCUGACAGCUGCAAACCGGUUUGGAAAACUUGGCUGUGGACCGAGUCCAGGUGAAGAUCAGCUGCGUGCACAGGGAUUCAAACUGGCAACCUGCUGCUGCCAUCUGUGUGUGUGUGUGUGUGUGUCUGUGUGUGUGUGUGUGUGUCUGUGUGUGUGUGUGUGUGUGUGUGUGUGUGUGUGUGUGUGUGUGUGUGUGCUUCAGUGUGACAGCAGCCAGAUGCACCACAGCAGCUUUAUUUACAUCUGAAUUUGCGUCACCAAGACUGGACAGAAGAUAACAGCAUCAUAAAGUGGAAGAAGCUGACAUUGUUCCACAGCGUUGGAGCGGCCGAGGCUCAGAGGUCGAGUCAGCGUCCUGUUAUCAGAAGGUCGCUGGUUCAAUUCCCUGGGACUGCAUGUUGAAGUCACCUGGGGCAGAACACUGAACCUCAGAACUGCUCCUGAUGUUACUGUCAGUCACUUUGGACAAAAGCUUGUGAUCAGUGUCCUAAAAUCAAAGCACAGAAGCUCAGAGGUUUACUGCAGUUUAUUUCAAACCCUGUAGGAGUUUUAUUAGGUGCUCAUCUGUGGAGAUUAUCUGGAUGAUCAGAACCUUCAGAAUCAGGGUUAGCCUACAGACGUACGUGACCCUGCUGCUGUCUGGAGCCUGAUGAUGGAAACACAGUGAAGCAGACGUCUGUCGUCAGAGAUGAAAACUGUACCAGACGACGUUAGCAGCAGGAGGAGACCUGAGCCUCAGAUCCUGCUGAGCUACAGGAGCUGGAGCUGAGGCCAGACAGGAAGUGAUGUCACCACUCUCAGCACAGUUUCGUGUCUGAUGUGUGUCGAGUCAUCAAAGCUCAGAUCAGGAGUUGAGGUGGUUCUCCUGCGGGACGUCCUCUGGAGUUCUUCAGGGCACAACCAGACUGUCAGACUUCACAUAUUCAGGCAGAACCAUCAGUAUGCAGGGGACACGAGGCCCAGUUCAGCCCAGAAACAUGUAGACGUACGAUGUUAGCAUCGUGUCCAUCAGUUUCAUCAGUGAACUGUAUCUAUUUAUAAGUUAUAAUAUUGUCUGUUUCCUGCGUAACUGAGACGCGUCACUGUGAGAUUCUGUGUUGUGUCUUGUGUUCGGGACUCUGCAGAUGAACCCGUCCUGCUGCACAUGCUGCUACGAGCUCUCGCAGAGGAUUUAUUACAUGAACACACAGCUCGACUCUCCACAGAGACCCGCUCAGGAAGGCGAGGUCGAAGCUGGAGCGGGUCGCGUCCACGGCAGGAUCAGGAUCACAUCAAGAUCCACGAUGGAAGGACGAGCCGCCAUCACAGGAGGUCAGAGACGAUCGCUCAUCGGCUGUUGCAGGCUGGAGGGCGGGCAGAGAAGGUGCCGUCUGAAGGAGCGAUCCGGUUCCCUCAGGUCCGACUGUUGAAAUCACGUCUCCAGCUGCUUCAGUCGUUCAGCACGAUGCUGCAACCUGAACUCAGGUGGACUGUGAGCCGAGCUGAACUUUGCAGCUUCCAAACUUCUGAGGAGAAAACGAGAGCGCAGAAAGACAAAGACAGUGAGAGGAGAGGAGACUUCUCUCUCUUCAUCCAGGACUCACUUUUUGUUCAGACACUUUUAGCCAAAACUCGACUUUCUUCAUAUUUUCUGGCGCCGUCCGUGCAUCUGCAUCCGACCGCAUCACCAAAUCCAGUCCAGCAGCCAAUCAGACGUCUACGUUCAUCAUGUCAGUGUUGCCUCUGCUCAGCUGGACCGUCCUGCUGCUGGUCCAGAGCUGCAGCUCGUCCUCAGACCCGGCGUCCAAACACCAGCCGCUUUCUCUGACCGUCCAUCCUCACCACCAGCUGCUGCCGGACGCCGCCUCCAGCUCCCACUGCCCCUCCUGCGCCCUGGCCAGGAUGAGGAGGAACGAAGGGCUCGCAGACGACAUGGCGGGACACGACCAAGAGGGGGAGGCGGCUCAGCAGGACGUGGUGGAGGCGGUGAAGAGGCACAUCCUCAACAUGCUGCACCUCCAAGCCCGGCCCAACAUUACCCGGCCCGUGCCGCGCGCCGCGCUCCUCAACGCCCUGCGCAAGCUCCACGUGGGGCGAGUGGCGGAGGACGGCAGCGUGCAGAUCGAGGGGGAGGAGGAGGCGCGAGGGCGGGGAGGCCGGGGAGGAGGGGGAGGAGCCGCCGUGGCGGCGGCUCGAGCCGGAGACGCCGGCGACGCGCAGGAGACGACGGAGAUCAUCACCUUCGCUGAGGCUGGUGAGUCUCAGGGGACGGUGAACUUCGUGCUGUCUAAAGAAGGAGGCGAUCUGUCUCUGGUGGAGCAGGCCAACGUCUGGCUCUUCCUCCGUCUGGCCAAGACCAACCGCAGCCGAGCCAAGGUCACCAUCCGCCUCUUCCAGCAGCGCCGGCUUCCCAACGGACGCCCGUCUUCGCCACAAGACGACAUCCUGCUGGCGGAGAAAACGGUGGACACCCGUCGCAGCGGCUGGCACACCUUCUCGGUGUCGGCGGCGGUGCAGGCGCUGCUGGAGGGCGCCGGCAGCACGCUGAGCCUCAGGGUUUCCUGCCCGCUCUGCGCCGAUGCUGGCGCGACGCUCGUCCUGGUCUCCAGCGGCUCGGAGACGUCGCAGCGGGCCAGCCAGCGGGAACAGUCGCACCGGCCCUUCCUCAUGGCCGUGGUCAGGCAGGAGGAUGGCGCCGACUCGCGGCGGCGCAGGAAGCGCGGGCUGGAGUGCGAUGGGAAGGUCCGCGUCUGCUGCAAACGGCAAUUCUACGUCAACUUCAAAGACAUCGGCUGGAACGACUGGAUAAUCGCACCACCCGGUUACCACGCCAACUACUGCGAGGGGGAGUGCCCCUCCCACGUGGCGAGCAUCACCGGGUCCACGUUGUCCUUCCACUCCACCGUCAUCAGCCACUACCGCAUGAGGGGCUACAGCCCCUUCCAGAACCUGCGGUCGUGCUGCGUGCCCACCCGGCUACGGGCCAUGUCCAUGCUGUACUACAACGAGGAGCAAAAGAUCAUCAAGAAGGACAUCCAGAACAUGAUCGUGGAGGAGUGCGGCUGCUCGUAAACAUGAAGCCGGAACCGGGUCAGCCCGGAACAAACUGGACUGCAGAGGAGCAGAGAGGAGGAGGACUUCUGAACCCAGAGAGGGGAGGAGAUGGAGGGAGGAGAUGGAGGGAGGAGAUGGAGGGAGGA